GAGGUCCAGGAAGUAAGACUCCAUUUCCCAGAAUGCCUCUGGGAGGACGUCCUCCAAGCCUUUGUACUCCCAUUCUGGAAGACUCCAUUUCCCAGAAUGCCUGGGUCUUGGUCUUGAUGCCUCUCCCCGUGCAUGUUGGGUAUCCGUUGGGGGCUGUUUCUGCUUGUGGAGUGUUUACUCGUGUACUUUUUGGGACGUUGUUCUUGAGAGGGGGCGAGAGUAAAUGAGGUUUCUUCAGUGGAGACUUUCUUCGUAACUCCUGGUUGCGGGUGUAUAAGAGGAAGUCUGCUCACCUUGGAGCUGCCACUCCCUGAGGGACCACAGUCUGACCCAAGCAGAGACCCUGGAGCCAGAGGGAAUGGCCCCCAGGACCCAGAGGCCCCCUUCCUAGAUGGGCAUCAGAGUCAACCCUGUACCUGCCAAGGAGCCUCUUGUCUCUGGAAGAUAUCAUUAACCAAAGUGGGAAAUUCUUCACUGCCUAAGGAACUAUUAAAGACUUUUUAGGUGUGACUCCUUGGAUAUCAUCCUAAACUUCCAGAGGUUUCAGAACUGUGGAUCAAGAGGAAGUCUUCCCACCUUUCAGCUCCCACCCCCUGUAGGACCACAGUCUGGCCCAAGCAGAGACACUUGAGGCAGAGGAAAUGGCCCCCAGGACCCAGAGGCCCCCUUUCCAGGGUUCAAUAACAUUCAAGGAUGUGGCUGUGGACUUCACUCAGGAGGAAUGGUGCCUGUUAGACCAUUCUCAGAAAGAGCUGUACAGGGAAGUCAUGCUGGAGAAUGUACAGAAUCUACUCUCUGUGGAGGCAGAGACUAAUUUUGAAGUGAAGGACAUGUCUACAAAGCUGAGCCUUUUUGUGGAAGGAUCUGGCCUUCCAAGAGGCAUGAAUAAGGAUCUCUGUGACUUCGUUUUGAGAGAAAUCUGUGACUUUAAUAUCAAUAUAAAUAAAAAUCAAAAGAGUGACUGUGAAUUUGAUGAAAUUGCAGAAAAAUUCAGCCACCAUUCAGUCCUAAAUCAGUAUAUGAAAGUGACCUCAGGAAAUAACUAUUGUCAGGAUAGUGAAUACACCAAAUGCUUUCUUGAAAAAGUAGGAUUUGAUCAGUUCCAUGUAAAACCUCCUGAAAUGCCAAUGUAUCAAGGUAACCUAGGGAGAAUUGCCUAUGGCUCAAGUUUAGACCUCAGAAGACAUCUGAAGAGUAAACAUGUAGAAAUACUUUCCGUGAGUAAUAAAGGAGUGAGACAUUUCAGUCGUAACUCUGAGCUUGGUUCAUAUCAAAUCCAUUCUAAAGAGAGACCUUAUGAAUGUAAACAAUGUGGAAAGGCUUUCACAGAGAGGGGCUAUCUUCCUGCACAUCAGAGAAUCCACACUGGAGAGAAACCUCAUGAAUGUAAACAAUGUGGAAAGGCUUUCACACAGAGGAGUAAUUUUGUUAGACAUCAGAGAAUCCACACUGGAGAGAAACCUUAUGAAUGUAAACAAUGUGGAAAGACUUUCAAACAGAGGAGCCAUCUUGCUAGACAUCAGAAAAUCCACAGUGGAGUGAAACCUUAUGAAUGUAAACAAUGUGGAAAGACUUUCAAACAGAGGAGCCAUCUUGCUGGACAUCUGAAAAUCCACACUGGAGAGAAACCUUAUGAAUGUAAACUAUGUGGAAAGGCUUUCACAUGGAGUAGUGAUCUUGCUAAGCAUCAGAGAAUCCACACUGGAGAGAAACCUUAUGAAUGUAAACAAUGUGGAAAGACUUUCACACGGAGUGGCCAUCUUGCUACACAUCACAGAAUCCACACUGGAGACAAACCUUAUGAAUGUAAACAGUGUGGAAAGACUUUCAAACGACAUAGCCAUCUUGCUGUACAUCAAAAAAUCCACAGUGGAGUGAAACCUUAUGAAUGUAAACAAUGUGGAAAGGCUUUUACAUGGAGGAGUGAUCUUGCUAAGCAUCAGAGAAUCCAUACUGGAGAGAAACCUUAUGAAUGUACAGAAUGUGGAAAGACUUUUACAGAGAGGGGCACUCUUGUUGUACAUCAGAGAAUCCACACUGGAGAGAAACCUUUUGAAUGUAAACAAUGUGGAAAGGCUUUUGUACACAGGGCAAGUCUUGUUGCACAUCAGAGAAUUCACACUGGAGAGAAACUUUAUGAAUGUAAUAAAUUCGUACAGCCUUUCUCUUAAUGCUCUAUAGUUGCUUCAGGUGAGAAAGUCCCCACUGGAGAGAGACUUCAUGAGUGAGGCUGAGCCUAUCAUUUCCACUCUUAACUUAUUUAACAGAAGAGGAUCCACACUAGAGAGAAACUUUAGGAAUGUGAUCAAUAUGGUAAGGCCUUCAGGUAACAAUCAUCUCUUAUUCCCAAGCAAGAAUUUUUUUGGAUAAAAAUCUUAUUUCUGUCAUGAAUGAAGAAAGACUUUGAAAUGAAGAGUCCAGAGCCUGUUAAGUAUGAGAAAAUGUCUUCUUAACAGAUCAGUUCCAAAUGGAUUUCCUGUAGGAAGGCUUUCAGCCAAAGAUCAUUUCUUUAUUUCAGAGAAUUCAUAGUGGGGGAAAAAACAUAAUGUAUGUGCUCAACUUUAUGUGCUUUCCUCAGGAGGAGGUUGACCACCAUCAUUUGGAGAAAUAUAAAUGAUAUCAAGUCUGAGGGACCAGCCCACAUCUAUUAGACUGACUGUUAUGACAGAAAAGGAAAGUGUCAAAAGUUGGAGGAGAUGUGGGAAGAUUGAAAAAGGAAUGGCCUUUUGGGGUUCUGAAUUAAUCCAGCCAUUCUUGAGAGAUCAGUUUGGAACUAUAUCUAAUGGGCAUUAAAAAACAAAAAGGAAAAGGGCUUAAAAUAUAUAUUAAAAAUGCAAAAUAUUUCAAGGUGCUAUUUUGGGAGUAACAAAAGAAUUGGAAAUUAAGAGGAAACUCAUCAUUUGGGAAAUGGCUGAUCAAAUGGUGGAGUAUGAUUGUAAUGGAAUCCUAUUAUUUUAUCAUUAAUGAGGAGGGGGAGCUCAGAAAAACCUGGUGUAAGAUUUAAAUAAAUAUCAAUAAAUGCCAAGUAUUAACUUUAUAAAGUUUAUUAAGAACCA